CAAAAUAUUUAUAAAUCACUAUUUUCUCAAACCAAUAUAUAUUAUAUCAGAAAAAUAAAUACCCUCUUCUCUCCCCCCAAAAUCAAAACCCUAACAACAUUCGAAGCUCUCACGGCAACGCCAUCGAUCCCCAUUUCCCCUCCAAUCAGAGAAGAACAGAAUGAGCAGACGUUCGAGCAGAACCGUCUAUGUUGGGAAUCUUCCCGGCGAUAUCCGUGAAAGAGAAGUUGAAGAUUUGUUUAUGAAGUAUGGACACAUAACUCACAUUGACCUAAAGGUUCCGCCAAGGCCCCCUGGCUAUGCAUUUGUAGAGUUUGAUGAUGCUCAAGAUGCUGAGGAUGCAAUUCGCGGGCGUGAUGGUUAUGAUUUUGACGGGCACCGAUUACGGGUGGAGGCUGCUCAUGGUGGCCGUGGUACUGGUAAUUCAUCUUCAAGAGAUCGACAUAGUAGUCAAAGCAAUGGCAGGGGUGGACGUGGAGUAUCCAGGCGCUCUGAAUAUCGGGUUCUAGUCAGUGGAUUGCCAUCUUCUGCAUCCUGGCAGGAUCUCAAGGAUCACAUGCGAAAAGCAGGGGAUGUUUGCUUUUCCCAAGUUUUUCAUGAUGGAAGGGGUACUACUGGAAUUGUGGAUUACACAAACUACGAUGACAUGAAAUAUGCUAUCAAAAAGCUUGAUGACUCUGAGUUCCGGAAUGCAUUUUCCAAGUCUUAUGUUCGCGUGAGGGAAUAUGAUUCAAGACGGGACUCUAGAAGUCCUAGUCGUGGCCCAUCUCAUUCUAGAGGAAGAAGCUACAGCCGUAGCCGCAGCCGUAGCCGCAGUCGCAGUGACAGUCCUGUGCGGAGCCCAAGCAAAUCUCCAAAGGGUAAAUCCUCCCAACGAUCACCUGCUAAAUCUCCCGCCAGAUCGGUUUCUCGUUCUCGCUCAAGAUCUAGGUCCCGUUCUUUAUCAGGAUCACGGUCAAGGUCAAGGUCUCCAUUACCUCUGCGUAACAAAAGCCCCAUAAAGCGCAGUGCUAGCAGGAGUCCAAGUAGGAGCAAGAGUCCAAGUAGGAGCAGAAGCAAAAGUUUAUCCAGGUAAGCUCUAAUUGUUACAAUUGAAGAAGUGGAUGAGGGCGAGUGUUACAAAGUUUUUUCUAGUUAAAUUUGACGUUGGCUGGGUUGAAGUUGUGGAACUUUAAAUUCCUAUGAACUGUACUCGAGACCUGUGCCUUUUGGCACCUUAGGCUAUUGAGGAAAUUGAUGGAACUUAAUUUUAUAUGGUAGUAUAGUAAACUGCUGAAUGUCAAACUUACUAUUUAGUUCCUUGUUUGGAUUUAUUUUGUAAUUUGUAUUGGCUAUAUUAACAUUAUUUAUAAAUGUGUGGCGAUACAUUUGCCCAA